AUGAGUGAAGAAGACAAGACAUCGAGCAUAGAUGUGGCCUCUAGUGCAGGAGUUUUCGAAAAGGCACUGAACUCUUGGGCUGUGAUCGACCUUCCGAGUCUACAGAAGGAGAUGGAUGCAAAGGGAUUAGAGAUUCAGGCCUCUCAGAAGGAAUCCCUUCUUAGUAGAAAAGAUCUGGCCACGAAAACAAAAGCUUUUAAAAAGCUACCUGAGGAGGAAAAGCUCGAGCAAAUAAAUCAAUUGGUCAAAUCAUAUCAGAAUGAGGUAGACAGCUUGACUAAGAAGAACAAGACCGUCGAGAAUGUGUUCUUUCAUAUUUAUAGGGCUCUUGCCGAGGCUCCAGAUCCGAAGAGAUUGCUCCAGAUCAGCUUAGAGGCGGUUCUGAGCAUCAGGGACGUAGAGAAGCUGAAGGCUGAAAAGGCGGAUCUUGAAGAGAAGCUACUGGGGUAUGCUGAUUAUGAACAAUUGAAGUCCAAGAUCGCGAAGACUGAGGAGGAAAUGGCUCGGGCUGUGGAAACGCAGUUGCAGGCCAAGGAUAGCGAGUGGCAAGCUCUGCUAGAGGAAAAAGAAUUGAAUUGGAGGAAGAAGGAGCUGGAAUUGGGAGAUUCGCUAGGGAAGCUAAAGAAAGAGGUUGAAGAGCUGAAAGUGAACGACGAGAUCAUGCGUCUUCGGUUGAAGAGCCAUGCGCACACGCUGAAUACUGAGGAGGAUGGAGAUGGCGAUACAUUAACUGAUGGACAAGAUUUGAAGGAGCGUGCUGCAGACACUGUUGAGUUGCAAAUGCUGAGUCGGGACGCAGAGACGGCCAAGUUGCGUGUGAUGGAGUUGGAACGCCGCAACGAGGAGCUGCGGCGGGAAAUCAGCUCGGCGCGUAGCGAUGUCGAGAUUGACAAAGUGAGGCAAAUGAACAAUAAACGUAUCAGCGAGUUGGAGAGCGAAAACGCGUUGCUGGUUGCACGUCUGGAGCACGAACGCAAGAACGCUGACAAGCUCAAAUCCGAAAUACAGUCGAAGAUCGAGGCUUCACAGAGAGAGGUGGCUCAGUUGAACAGCGAAGCUGAGCAAUUACGGCAGAGAAUCAGCAAGACACAGGACUACGACGAAAUCAAGAAGGAGUUGGAGAUUUUGAGACAGAUAGAGUUGGGUGACGAGGACGAGGUUCCUCAGCUGGACACUGCGAUAGUUCAACGUAACAAGAAGCUCAACAAUGAGCUGAUUGAGUACCGUUCGAAAAACGAGGAGCUGACUAAAAAGUGUGACACUCUCGAGAAACAAGUUUCGGAGCUCACAAAGCAGCUCGAGCGCCUAAGUGAAAUGAAUUCCAAGCUUGAAAACGACCUCAUGAACUUUGAAAGCGGCUCGCCCAACAACGACAGGUGGGAGACCAUGUCGAUGAUUUCCUCGGUUGCACCGUCGGUGGCGGGAGGCUCGAUGAUAUCUGGUGCUCCCUCGCGAGGCGGACGACUAUCGCCUGCAUCUUCCAUUGCGGGAGGCUUCGAGCCGGGUGCUGCUCCGCAGAAUAACUCCAUCUUGCCUAUCAUCACACAGCAACGUGACCGUUUCCGUAUGCGCAACAAGGAGCUGGAGGAGGAGACGAAGAAACAGUUCUCGAAGAUUGUCGAGCUCAGAAGAGAAAUCAACGCGCUGAAAAACGACAACAAGGGUCUUUACGAGAGGAUACGGUUCCUCCAAUUCCACCAGGACGCCAAACAGGCGCAGACUGCUACUCCUUCACGUGAUCUGGAGAGCAAGUACAAAGACAGCUACGAGCAAGAUUUACAUCCGAUUGAGCAGUUCCGCAUCAUGGAAAGCCAGAGAAUCAGCUCUCGCAUGUCGCCGUUCGAGCGGAUCUUCAUCCAGGUAACAAGGUUUGUGCUGAGCACCAAGUAUUCGCGACUCAUGUUUGUUGCCUACUGCUUUGGUCUACACAUGCUGGUGAUGAUGCUUAUGGUGUAUGUGCUAGGAAGCACAACUGCUGGCGGCAGCGGGCCGGGCAUCAGCAUGACAACCAGCACAGGUGGCGUUGCAGGCGGCGUUGCAGGAGGUGUGAAGAGUCCACGCUGA